UAAAAGAAAAAAUAUCUUUGUCACAAAUAUGAAUUUCUAUCGACAACACAAUAACCAAUGCAGCUUGCAUUUCAACACAAUAUGGAAGUAGCCUAGUUAAAAUGUAAAUACAUUAAUUUUUCUUUUAAAUUAUUAAAGAAAAAGCUGCUCUUAGUCAAUGAUAAGAAUAAGACUUCAAACACAAAAUGCCACUUUUAUUUUUGAUCAUAAGCAGCAUGUCCCUGAGAAAGAAAAUAAUGCUACACAAUAAUAUGCUACUUUAUGGCGCUUGCAUUUUAAAGGUGCUUCAUUUCCAGUUAAUAACUGGUGGAUGCUCAUGGAAUAUGCAAGUUCUCAUAUUCAUGUGACUAACAUAAAAUUUAAGGCAAUAUUCCUACCCAAUCAUUAGGCUAACGUAGAGCUAACUGCAUCUCACACUGUAUAAAUAGCAAAACACAACUUGGACCAACAAAAUAACAUAUAUACAUAGUUCUCAAAGCACAGAAACAAGGCAGUGUCUCUGCAUCUUUAGUACACAAAAAAAAAGUUGCCAGAGAAAAGGGGGUGAAAUGUGUUAACAUAUCUAAGUAAUGAAGUGUUGUGAUCUGACAAAGAAAACAAGCUCAUGGCAUAUGCAAGUUCUUGUGUAAAAACAGGAGCUGGUCUACAUGCUCUGGUGUGAGUGUGCUCCGCUGGGCAGUCACAAUAUCUCCUGCAGUAGAGAACACUCUUUCUGCAGAGACACUGGUGGCCGGAAUACAAAAGUAUCGCUUGCCCAACUUGGAGAGCAGGGGAUACAUGAUCUCAUUUUUCCUCCACCAGCUGAGAGGGUCCUCAGAGAGAGGAACUGGUGGAGCACCACGGAACUUGUUAACCUCCUCCUCAGCUUGAGCAUAGGCAGAGAUGGGCUGAGUUGCACUAGAGAAGGUAUUCCCCAGCAGAUUCUCCAACAAAGAGGAUGGUGCUCUUCUCUUGGCAGGGGGGGAGCUUUGGUUCUGCUCCUCUGUAGGUUGGGUGCCCUCUGUGACUUCAUGUUCUUCCACUCUUACCUGUUGCUGUAGGUAAACACAAUAAGAACAGAUCACCACAGUAGCCUAAUUUUACAUUGCCAUAUAAUGUAAAUAUCUCCAAUCCUAACCAUAUAAGAAAUAAAUAAAAUAAAAUUAAAAACGAAAUAAAACAAGUCAAACCAUAAAUUAGGUAUUAGGUUACUGUUCAAUAUCUAUUCAAUAUUGUGUUUUGUGUCUCUAAUUCACAUAUUUCAUAUAAUUCCGAAAGUGGUACGGUCAUUUAACGUAACAGACUCAUUGUAAUUUGAAGUCAGCAAGUAAUGGCUUUCUUCGCAACGCCUGGAACUUAAAAGUUCUAUUUGCUUGAAGAACUAUUUAUUUCUUAGCGGAAAUCACAAAACGGCAACUAAAUCAAUUAGGUAUUUUGGAGGAAUGUCUUUUAUCGUUUUGGCAAGUAACCGUAGGCUAUAAUGUUCGGGAUAAUGUAUUGUCCGUCGUAUGCUGCGCGUCGGGGUGCUGUUCGCCCCGUCGGGACUUAUUUUUGGAUAAUAACCUCCGGACAAUACAUGAGCCCAUAUUAUGCAUUAAGUAGGCCAGCCUAAAAUCUUACAAUAAUGCUACAUACAAUAAAAUGAAAUUUACCUCAAGUGAUGCAGCUUCAGCAACAACUCUUCCAAAUGUUUCCGCUACAUCAUCUUCAGAAAGGAAAGGCAGUCCCUUGAAUCUCGGGUCCAGAGCAGAAGCUGAACGAAGUGUUCUUCUCUCUAGGUCAGACGUGUACCUUUUGCUGAGGUCCUCAUUGAUCGCCUUCUUUAUAUCGCGGGUAAUUGAUGACUCUGCAAUGUUGCCCGUCGUUUCCUGGCAGAGUUGAGCUUGCAGUGGGGCAAUCAAACACACAGUGGGGCUACUCUCCUCUGAUAUAAGCGUAGUAGCAUCCUUCAUUGGCUUGAGGGCCUUAACUAAAUGCUCUGCAUUGGCGACAUCGGUCUCAUUGAGAGUGCAGAGAGCAGAUUGUGAUUGUCCUUUCCUCACCUGGGGAGAGAGUAAAGUGGCGCAGAUAGCAGGCUGCUGUUCCAAAAAGCGAUCCCCCAUUUCAAAGGCACUGUUCCAUCUGGUGCUGACGUCUGUUUUGAGUUUGUGGCAUGGCAGACCCAGCAGCUUCUGCUUUUCUCCUAACUCGUAUGCGCCGACGGUGCUCCGGUGGAAAAACGAAACAAUUCUCCUAAUCCUGGCCAGGAGCCUGGACACAGACGGCAGCUUGAGCGCUCGCUGACAAGCCAGGUUUAAGGUGUGGGCGUAACACCUCACGUGCAGAAGCCCACCAAGUUGGGCUGCAACAACCAUAUUAGCGGCAUUGUCUGUCACUAAAACUAAAUCUUUGUCAUUGAGAUGCCAUUCAUCUGCUACCCUCUUUAACAAUUCAGCCACGUUUGCGCCAGAGUGACUCUCAUGCAUUGCUCUUGUUUGGAGCACCAGUGACACGAGCUGCCAAUCUUUGUCUACGAAAUGCGCAGUAAUGGUAACGUAGGACACCGUGGCAAUUGAUGUCCAUGCGUCGCAAGUUAAAGCUACCCUACCUGCUUCCACCAAAGUCCAAAACUCUGGAUUUGGUUUCACUGUACAGCGUGGGUACUGCUGUGUCAGUAAAGAAUCGCCGAGAACGUAGUUUGUAUCUAGGCUCCAGUGUUUUAACCAUUUCCCGAAAACCCAUGUUCUCCACCACUGAAUUCGCUCGGUGCAAGAAGCUACUUCCGUUCUACUUCCGCUCCCUCGAUUGUGAUGCUCAGUACUUCCGGCACGAUGGCGAUGUUUUUCACCAGAUGUCUACAAGACCUGCCCAAACUGACCAUAUCAGACGUCCACAGACUUGUCCAAAAAGGAUGCGUUGCCCCCCGGAGUAAACGGGAAAAGGGGUACAAGAUGUACCUCUCGAGUUAUAUUGACAAUUUUGAAGGUAAGUUCCAAACUGACAUCAGAAUACGUUCACAUUGUGCCAUCGCUAGGUAGCUAGCUUGGUUCAGAAAACUAGAGACAAAUCGCGCAGUUACUAGUUACUUUUCGAGCAUCAGGUUGUUUGAUCAACUGUACUGUGUUGAAAAGAAGUCCAGUGUGUUUUGAUUCACAUUACAUGAAUGACGUUGAAUUCCCACAGUGUCAAAUAAAGACCCGGCUGCGGGGAGGGUGACCGUCAGGGCCGUCUGCUAUAGGUCCAUGCGCAAACAUGAGAAGCCUCACGACGUCAGAGUAGGGUGGAAUACAUGUGUUUAAUCAGUUCAAGUUCAAGAUUCUGGGGUGUUUUUGUGGCUAUAGUUGGCGAUGUGGAUGUAGAACAACAAUAAUUCAUCUCGAGUCUGUUUAUUUUACUUAAACCUGAACUAUACUUGGACAUGGACACCCCAGAAACCGGUUGUUAUUGCUCCUGUUCUUUGGAGCAUACGUUUAAGUAUGCCUUUUCAUGGUGGGAACAUUUGUCAGUGUGAGGUAAGAGCUGAUUUUGUACCCUCAGUCUAGGCUAUCGUAAAUCCUCAAGUAAAGACAGAGAUUCAAUUAGAAAACAGGCUGUGCAGCCUAAAUAAAUAAAACCCUCUGGCCACAAUUGAGGAUUUACGGUAUACUAACCUGUUCAAUUCUGUACUGCUCCUGUUCUUUGGAGUACAAGUUUAAGUAGGCCUUUACAUGGGUACAUUAGUCAGUGAGAGGUAAGAGCUGACUUUGUAUCCUCAAUCUAGGCCAUACUAACCAGUUCAAUGCUCUAUUAAUACUAAACUGUAUUAUUUAAAUAAUAAUAAUUAUAAUACUAAAAUCAUGUUUUAUCCAUAGAUCACUUUUGAGGACAGCACUCAGCCACAGAUUCAAAUAGCUGCGGCUGAGUGUUCUUGUGUGGCUGGAACUGCUCUCUGCAAUCACAGUGUUGCACUGCUGUACCAGAGCACGAAAUACUCUGCAUUGCAACUGAAAGCAGUUCCGCCAGUCCUCAGCUGCACUGAAACUGAGCAGCAGUGGCAUAAGCCCCGAAAACUGGUUAGUACUUAAGAACUAAGCAGAUUGUUAAUGUUAUAUGGAUUUUUGAAAUUUGAUUGAAACUUUACCUGCUUUCUUGAUAGGGUGUGAAACCUGGCAGAGUGAGUAAUAUGGUAUUUGUCUCAACCAAACCAAAGUCGAGACAGUACACAGCUGCUGAUGGUGUGAGGAGCAAGCGCUACAAAGCAGUGCGGGGGGACUUGCCAGACCCAGAUGUCCUGAAGGUCGACGAGGCAUACCAGGACUUCAUGGCAGACCUUGCACCAUUAAUCACCACGCUCUCCAUAAGUCCUGGUGUCCCCCUCGUCAAUUCCACUUUUGGGAGCGUUCAAGAUGGAAGCCCUAUUUCUUAUCAGCACCCUGUGCCAGUGAGUAGGGUCAUCAUCCACCACCCAGACGCACCCUCUCCACCCCCACUGCCGUUACAUGGUCACAGGCUGGACCCAAGCACAUGUUCCUUUGUGUGCACUCACCAACAACAAUGUAAUGCAAUGGCGCUUACCAUCAAUUUCGACAUGGCAAGAUCCAUUGAGAGGGCCACAAGGGAACAGAGUGGUAGCGCAGAAUGGCACAGCCUGAGGAAGAUGAGGCUCACCUCCUCAAGGUUCCGGGAGGUGUGCCAUGUCAGAGGUCACAGCUCUGCUGAGAACCUUGCCGAACGUAUCCGCAAAGGUGGGGUUCAGACAGCUCUGAUGAAGAGGGGGCUUGCACUGGAGCCAGUAGCUAUUCAGGAGUAUGCCCACAUUAAAAACAUCAGCUACUGGCCAUCAGGAUUUGUCAUCCAUCCAGAUGCUCCCUGGCUCGGUUCUUCUCCAGAUGGGGUCGUUUUUGAUCCCACGGAGGCACCACCAUUUGGGCUGGUGGAGGUGAAGUGUCCUAACGUGAAGAGCUACGUGGACUGCGGGUACCUGCGCAUGCAGAAUGGCGCCCUCCGUCUGAAGCCAAGCCACAGCUACUACUGGCAGGUGCAAGGCCAGCUGCUUAUAACAGGGAUGCAGUGGUGUGAUUUUGUGGUUUUUGCAGAGGAUGAUGUUCUUGUGCAAAGAAUUUAUAAGGAUGCUGAGGUUGCCAGGGUCAUAAGGGAGAGGGGGGAUUAUUUCUUUUUCUAUCAUUUCUUAAUCUGAUCUUUUUUAAAUGAAUGUUUCAUUCAAAGACCAUACCUUUCGAACUGAUUGAAAUGAGUGUAAAACUAUGUGGAUUGUUGAUAUAGGAUCAUUGAAAAAGUGUUGUUCAAUCUUUCCUUAUUAAAUUCUACAUAUUCUAGUGUCAUCUAUGAUGCAUCUGGUUUUCAUUUCAAGUCCUUUAAAACCCAAAGCUAAUGUACAUACAGUGGCAAACACAGUGACAGCAAAUGCAAAACACAAAAUUGGCCUGUCUCAGUUUAAAGCUCACCCACCGCGACAAGGUGCAGACCAUUCGGGUGAGAACACGGGACAAUAAAACAGACGUAACGCAGCACAAAAUAAAACAUUUACUUUAUUUACUAGUUGCCCAUGCCUUCUAAAGGCCCAUUCUGGUAGUUGACCAGGAAGCAGGCCACACUGAACAGUUCAUCGAUGUUCCCACAUAUAGAUAGUGGUAUGGCCUUGUCAAACAGUUUGUUCUCUUUUACUCUCCUGAUACACCUCUCCACAUGCACUCUCAGACGUGCAAUCGCCUGUGUCUGUCUAACAUCCUCACGACUCAUUUGUUGUUUGUUCCUGAGAAAUGCAGGCCGGUAAACCUUACAAGGAACAAGGUCGUCCACACAAAACCCUUUGUCCACCAUGAUUGCCAUACCUGGCUUCAACAGCUUCACAAUCCCAGACAACUUGAAAAUCUCCCGGUCACUCAUAGAGCCUGCAUACAGUCCAGACACAAAGGUGACAGCACCGUGGGGUGCCAUGCCAACCAUGGCCUUGAAUGUGGCAUGAGAUUUGUAGGUUGAGAAAACCUCACUCUGAAGGAGCAGAGAGGAUGGUGUCUGACAAAAUAUUUCUGUACAAUCAAGGACUACCUGUGUAUCUGCAAA